AUCUUUGGAAUAUCUUUUCAUGCAUUACCGCAAUCAUUUGUGCCAGAAUAUGGUUAUGUUCCGAGCUUUCUUGUUGAUACUUGUGAAUAUUUGGAAGAACAUGUUCAUACUGAGGGACUCUUCAGAAAGUCUGGAUCUCUUGUUCGUUUAAAAGCUUUAAAGAGUAAACUGGAUCAAGGUGAAAAUUGCCUAUCGACUGCACUGCCAUGUGAUGUUGCCGGGCUUCUUAAACAGUUCUUCAGAGAGCUGCCAGAACCCAUCCUUCCACCUCACCUGCAGGAAGGCCUUUUCAAAGCUCAGCAGCUAGGAAAUGAGAAGAAAACUGCAACUGUGUUGCUGUCUUGUUUGAUGGCCGACAGAACAAUUGAAGCUUUGAGAUACUUUUUCAAUUUUCUGAGAACUGUGUCCCUAAGAUCCAAUGAAAACAGAAUGGAUAGCAGUAAUCUGGCAGUGAUUUUUGCUCCCAACCUCUUGCACUCGAAUGAAAAUGAAAAGAUGUCAGCCAGUACAGAAAAAAAAAUUCGCUUGCAAGCCGCUGUUGUGCAAACAUUUAUUGACCAUGCAGCAGAAAUCGGGCAGGUACCAGAAUUUAUCUUGGAAAAGAUUCCUGCAAUGUUAGGUGUUGAUGCCUUUCAAUCUACUCCCUCACUGUGGGGCUAUGAAGACAGUGAAAAUGAAUCUCCCAGUGAAUGUAAGAAGAGGAGGCAUCGAAGUGUUGGAGAUAUGGUUAGUGGAGCACUGAAUAAAUUUAAAUCUAACAGAACACCCUCCACUACACCUCAACAAGAUAGAAGCGUCCUUUCAUCAGUGACUCCGGUGGUUCUUACUCCAAGUAUCAAGCGUAAACUUCCAACUGAUUGCUCUCAGGGCUUGUCCAGCAAGAAGAGACGAUCUUUUAAGCAUAAUUUUGCUUUUGAGUUGUUACCAAGUAGCAUUUUCAUCAGUGGCUCAACGCCAGCAUCAGUCCAGUUUGAAGCAAGCCCUUGCGUUUCUCUUGAGUCAUCACAAACCUCACUGUCUCCUUCAACUGGUGCUGAAAAUCAUCUGUCUAGUACAGGGAACAGAAGAAGUAAAAGACACGCAAGCAAAAAAUUAUACAGGGCUGAAUCAGGAAAGACAGGUUGUUUUUCACCGAAGAUUAGCCGAAAAGAAAUGGUUCGUAGGUCGUUACGUUUGAAGUUUGGUUUGGGGAAAAGCAACAGAGAAAUGAAUAUUGUAUCGGGAUGUGCGGUUGGUAAUAGAUCUGAAAAUAUUGGAAGGCGUCUUGCAAGUCAGCAAGGUUUGGAAAGCAGAACUGAAUGUGCAAAGAGAGAUGUGCUCUUCAGCCCAUGUGUCAAUGAAAAAUUCCCUAAGAAAGGUUCAAAGAACGUGAGCAAGUCAGAAGAAAACUUGCUAACUCCAAAAUAUCACGAUAAAGUACUUCACCGAAUGUCAUGGAAUAGUCCAACUGUUAAAGAUUCUCAGGCGAUCUUUUUUUAUGAGGGAAUUCUGCCAGGAUGCCCUGAAGUGGGAAUAGGUUCUUCAGAACCUGUUUUGAUAUUCGGGAAACCACCAGUUGUUCCAGAUGAAUUCAAAUCCACAACUGUAAGCAAACAAGACAACAGCUUAGAACUCUUGCUUUGUGAAGAGGAAAGUAAUUCAACUGCAGAAACAUUACUGAAAGUUAAGCAAGCCUUUUCUGCAUCUGGAAGCAAUCUUCACAAUGUGAUAGGUGAUACAAAAUCUUCCUUCUCAGAUGCAGCAGGUGAAACAUUAACUGAAACUCUGUGUCUUACAGGGCUCAGUCCAGAGAAAGAAUGGUUAGCUGAAGAAGUUUCUGAAAGUUUAGCAGAUACAAAAUCCAGAGAGCUGUUGCACCAAUUUAAUCAAUCUUAUGCUAUUGAUAAACAGCAAUCACAAAAAAAAGAAAUAAAAGUUUCGGAGAAAAGAAACUUCAAAACUUCUGUUCAGAUUGAACUUCAGGUCCCAAAACCAGAUGUAAAAAAUGUACCACAACUUUCUGUGCCUCAAGUACUGACCAAGGAAGACAAGUUGACUGUUCAGAACAGUUUGUCAAAAGAUGACUUAAACAAAUUAGAUUCCUUCAGAAGAAAAGAGGAAAUAGAAUUAGCACACUCACAAACAGCUGAAAAUUGUGUGGUAAAAUGCUGUAAUUUAGAAGAAGAUACCUCUAAACUUUCUAUGGCAGGACUUCCUACUUCACAGUUGCCUAAAUCACAAAAUGAAGUGGGCAACCAAUACUUGCAAGCUGAGAAUUCUGAUAAAACUUUAACUAAAACAUCAACUGUUUCUGACCACGGUAAGGUUUCUGACCAUGUACAAUGGUUCAACAAGCUUUCAUUAAAUGAUUCAAGUUCUGCAAGCAAAACUAAACCACCUCUUAAGUUUCAGCGUACUCCUGUUAGACAGUCUGUAAGAAGAAUUAAUUCCUUAUUGGAGGCUAACAGACAAUCUGUAAGCUCUCAGCUGCUUAAAGCAAGUGAUGUUGGUUCACCGCUCGUUAAAUCUUUGAGCUAUGAUUCUGCACUAUUCUCCUGCACAGAAAAGCCCUCAAAGAAUUCCGUGGCUUUGUCACUCAGGAGUGAAAGUACAUAUGACCAAGUUUCUAUAUCUCAUAAGCAGCUAGACUUAACAUCCAAAUCGUGUUGCAGGCCAUUAAAUCUAUCAGACAAGCCUGAUGUUUCUAUCAGAACUGCUGGAAUCCACGAACAGAAAAUGACCGUUCAUUCAUCAAAGUCUGUUCUAGAAGAUCUAACCAAUCAUGAAACAGUGAAAUCCAGUUUAAAAGUUAAUGCAAAUAUAAAUAUUUCAGGUGCUGCCCUAGAAAAAUCUACACUCACAAGAAAUACUGCAGGAAAAGAAAGAGUUCGUUAUAGAGGCUCUCCAAAGAAUCCAAUAUCUAAAGUGAAACUGCUACCAACUGCAAAACCAGUAGACUUGUAA